ACUGUGCAUGUGUGUUUUUAUCAUUUAGUAUUGAAGACUGGACUGAGAGGAAACGUCAUUCAUUUAUUCCGAACAACAUAUGCACAUGCAUGGUCAACCGAAAGUACAAAGUAUCCCAAACGUUUACAAAUAUAUAAAAGUCGAUGACGUCCUUGAAACCGGAAAUAAAUCCAAAGAACACUGAAAUAGAAGAUCAAAGAACAGAGGGGAUGAGCGAGGAUAUUCAGGACACGACUUUAUACAGGAGACGAUGGUACGUUUUAGCAGUGUACUGCCUCUACACCUUCAGUCAGGCCGGGGUCUGGAACACAUGGGGUCCUAUUGCCGAGUCCUGUAAGCGAGCUUUUGGCUGGGACGAUACCAUCAUUGCACUUCUGCCAAACUGGGGUCCGAUCGGGUUUAUAGCGGUGGGAUGGUUAACCUCCUGGAGCAUGGACACACAAGGACUCAGAAUGUCAUGUGUCGUGACGGCUGUCCUUGUAGCUGUUGCCACGGCCAUCCGGUGUAUUACCUCAGAACCACCUUACAUCACGUGGACGGCAAACAUUGCCGCAUUUUUGAAUGCUUUAGGUGGUCCUGUUGCUAUGGGAGCACCGCCAGUUUUGUCCGCCGCAUGGUUUCCGCCUAAUCAGCGAACUACAUCUACCGCCAUAGCGACAAUCAGUAACUACGCCGGAUUUGCGGCCUCAUUCCUCAUAGGGCCGUUAUUUGACAGCCUGGCCCCUAAAGGGCAGACGAAUAUGUCCGACAGUGAAAGUGUGACCUUAUCAUCGAUUGAUAACCAUACUGUCACACUGAUACAAAAUACAAGUGACGCAAACAAUCAAGGGAGCCAGGAAAUCACCCGGAUACGACAUGAUGUCAUGCUUGUUAUGUAUGGUGAAUGCGGAUGGUGUGUGUUGGUUAUGCUUCUAAUAUUAUUCUACUUCCCGUCGAAGCCCCCGACACCACCAAGUAAAACUGCGUCAGAGGGACGCAUAGAGAUCGUGUCCGGCUUGAAACAGUUAAUGAGGAGCAAGAUGUUUUUACUUAUAAGUGUUAUAUAUGGACUUCCGCUGGGCAUUGUGGGACUGUGGGGAAGUGUAAUGUCCGUAACCCUGGAACCACAUGGCGUGUCAGAGGCACAAGCAGGAUGGAUUGGUUUUUACUCCAUACUUGCUGGUUGUUUCGGCGCCCUCUUUAUGGCAAGAAUCUCUGAUAUGUUUUCGAAGCACAUGAAACAGAUCCUGAUAUUGCUGUUCUGUCUGGCGUUUUUGUGUUUCCUGUGGUUUAACCUGAUCCUCAUCGGGAUUAUUCCGAGUUCCAUAGCCCAGAUCUACAUAUCUGUCAUUACGGGUACGCUCUGGAUCAACGCUACCGUGCCACUGUUGUUUGAGAUGGCUUGCGAGAAUACCUACCCUAUAGCUGAAGGCCUCACGACAGUUGUUCUAACUACAUGGCUUAACGUUGUGGGACUGAUCUUCCUCGGUGUACAAAUGAUCCCGAAAAUAGGCACCUCUUGGGAGAGUUGGAGUAUUCUUGCGUCCAUAGGUGUUUGUAUCCCGAUUUUGUGUUUAAUGGGUGACAACUAUAAUAGGUUAAAAAUUGAUGAAAAUUUUGAAAAGAAAACAACUCCUGUUCAAUAAAUGAUGUUUAAUAUGAAA